AUGUCCUCGACACAGGAAAGCUUGCCCCGGCCAUGCGUGACUCUGCCUCAGGGGAGGAUUCGAGGAAUUGUGCAGACAGAUCAUUUCCCACAGCCGGUAGAAGAUCUUCGGUUUCGACCACCAGUCAAGGUCAAACCUUCAGACACAAUAAUUCAUGCCGUUGCGUAUGGAAAGGCAUCUCCAGGCAAACCUCUCAUACCUCCUCGCAUCCCACUUGUUUAUAGCGAGGAUUGCUUGACGGUCAAUGUCUUCAGGCCCAUUCGCAAGCCGGAUGACACACGACUCUUGCCCGUUGCGAUCUACGUCCAUGGUGGAGCAUUCAACCGGGGACAUUCGUCCUCGCAAAACACUGCUUCCAUGGUGGCUUGGUCCGAGGAACCUUUUGUGGGUGUCUCCUUCAACUACAGAGUUGGAGCGCUUGGAUUUUUGGCAUCGUCCAAGGCCGCAGAGGAAGGCGCUCUCAACCUGGGGAUGCAGGAUCAACGACUUCUUCUAGAUUGGGUACAAGAAAACAUUCAUCAUUUCGGCGGCGACAAGCACAACGUGACUUUGAUUGGGCUUUCUGCAGGGGCUAUCACAAUUGGUCAUUUUAUGCUGCACUACAGUGACCAAAACCCUGGCCCGUUCCACAGGGUAAUUCUGGAGUCGGCUUCUCCUACCACAAGGGACUGCAGGUCAUUCAACUCAGAAAUCAUCGAAAAGUACUUCAACGAAUUUCUUGGUCAGGCUGGAUGUCCACAAAACCUUUCGGCAACGGACACUUUCAACUCUCUUCGCGCCCUGCCUCUAUCCACCAUCAUUGACGCCCAAGAAGCCGUCUUCACAAAGUACAAGCCAACUAUGCAGUGGGCCUUCCGUCCGGUCAUAGAUGGAAACCUGAUCCCUCGGCCACCCAUCCAAAGCUGGAGAUCGGGUCAAUACUACAAAGUGCCCAUUAUGACAGGCUACUGCACCAACGAGGGAUCUCUGUACGUGGACAGGCAGAUUUCCAAGUCCGGUCAAUUUACCGACUUUAUGCAAACUUUGCUCCCUGGUCUACCAAAGGAUGAUAUUGAGCGGUUGAACGAGUUGUAUCCUGAUCCAUCUCUGGGAUACCCCGACUAUCGACACGAGAGAGUCGGUAAAGAUCUCGGCCCGCAAUAUAAGCGCACGGAGACAGCAUAUGGUCAAUUCGCGCUUAUUGCACCUGUCCGACAAACAGCGCACCUUGCAUCGUCGGUUUGUGGAAGCUCGCCAGUUUACUUGUAUCACUGGGAUGUUUUUGCUACCCUCUAUGGUGGCGCUGCUCAUGGAGACACCGCAAGGUAUGAAACCUUCGACCAUGUUACAACAUCAUUGUCCCCUGCACAGAAAGAGGUAUCUGGCACAUUUCACGCGUACAUGACAAGCUUCAUUUGCAACAAUGGUGAUCCGAACAAGGUACAAGGGGCCUGGAGGGGUCGACCAACAUGGCAGCCAUAUACUCCUGACCAGCCUUUCAAGAUGAUUUUGGGAAAGGGCAAUAGGGAUCUGAUAGGGGGACCAGUCGGUACGCCAGCGGAGUUGACAUAUGAGACCGAAGCUUUAGAGCAGUGCAAGUUUUGGUGGGACAGGACCGCAAUCACACAGCAAUAG